UUUUAAAAACUUGCCAUAAAAAUAUCCUAAGAUACUAAAAAGAAUAAAAAGUCCCGUCGUCGCUUUCUCUUUUAUCUCUUUCCCUUCCCCUCUGUGAUGUACGAAGCACGUUAAUGGCGGCUCCGCAUUUCACACAAAUCGAAACCACAGCAUCUUCGCUAAACCCUCUCAUGUACUCCUUCCUCUUCUCGUGUCUCCUUUCUCUCUCCCUCUUCUCAUUCAUCUCCGCUACCUACUUCCUCCUCAAAGCCUCCCGCCGCAGAGCUGCUCUCUCCAGCCGCAAUAAACUCUCAUCCCAAUCCGAAACCAAACUCGAACCAUCGGAGAUUUCUGAAUCGGCCCAUUACCAAACCGGUGAAGAUGACGAGACCCGGUUAGCAAAAUCGCGUCUUUACGAGUUACUGCUCUGCGAUAAGAAGGAGGAGGAAGAGUCUGAUUGGGAGGGAGAUCAAGAAGUGUCUGCUAAGAAGAAGAAGAGGAAGAAGAGAGGUAAGAAGAAGAAGUCGGAGGUGAGAGGAGGUGGGAAAGAUGAAUCCGGCGGCGAUGGUGGGUUGGUUUCGGGUUCGGAAACCAAACCGGAGUUUGUUUGCUUGUAUCCUUUUACAUCUUCGAGCAGUGCGACGCAGAGGAAGAUCAAGCAGCAGUACGAUCAUCUUGUCAAGUGCAAUAGUGCUAAAGGAUUGACCUUAGCUCAGGUUGGGGAGUUUGCUAACUGUUUGAUAGAAGCCAAAAAUGAAUUACAGAACAAGUCGGAGGUAAUCAAGCGUAAGUUUUCAAUAACGAAAGCUCUUCUGUUCAAGGCUGAUAGGUCUUCCUUUGACCGAAUUCGUCAACAGAUUUACAAGCUGGAGAUGGAACAAAAAAGAGUACAAGAAGAUGCACUUGUAUAUAACUGGCUCCAACAACAACUAAAACUUUCACCUGCAUACAAAAAGGUUCUUGAGAUAAGCGCUUCCAUGGAACUCAAAGACAAACUGAGGACAGAGUUAGACAGUCAAGAUGAUGAAGUUUCAGAUAUCUCCUUUGAAGAGCUAUUGGAACAGGAGAAGAAAGACUCCUUUUGGCAUAAAAAUGGAAGAUUGCGAACUGGCAGCAGGACAUGAACUGGUGAUCAAAAUUCUUGAUGCCCUGCCGUGAGCUCAGCCGGAGAACCAAAUCCUUUUUAAGUGCUGUGUAUAGAGAGAAAAGAGAGAGAGAGAGAGAGAGAGAGUUGAACAGACAUAAAAACAGUUUCCUCCAUAGGCAUACGUUGGUUUAUUUUGCCAUGGGAUACAUUAGUACAUUACCCGGUUAUGAAAUAGAUUUUUCGGUU